AUGGUGUUGGAAGCUACAGUUUUGAUAGUUGAUAAUUCUGAGUAUGCCAGAAAUGGUGAUUUCCCAAGGACAAGAUUUGAAGCUCAGAUUGAUGCAGUUGAGUUUAUCUUCCAGGCCAAGAGGAACAGUAAUCCUGAAAAUACAGUAGCGUUGUUGUCCUCAGCAGGUGAAAAUCCAAGAGUCCUUUCUACAUUCACAACUGAGUUCGGUAAGAUAUUGUCUGGGUUGCACGAGACCUUGAUUCAAGGGUCUAUACAACUAUGUACUGCCAUUCAGGUAGCAGCAUUGACUUUGAAGCAUCGUCAAAAUAAAGUCCAACAUCAAAGAAUAAUAGCAUUUGUUUGCAGUCCUAUACCUGAAGAACACAGAGACGACCUGUUAAAGCAAGCAAAAAAGUUAAAGAAGAACAAUAUAGCUAUUGAUAUAAUUAAUUUUGGUGAAAGUGACACUAAUGAACAAUUACUGAAUGAAUUCAUUGAAUUGGCAAACAAAGGUAACCCUCAAGGUGACUCGAACGAAGAUGUUAGUCAUUUACUAUCCGUGUCUCCAAACAAUAUCAAGUUGCUAUACGAAGUGAUAGCCUCAUCUCCAAUAAUCCUGGAAAACGGCGGGAUGGGUGGUUAUGAUGAUGGGUUCGGUGCUGCAAACGGCAUGGAUUCUUCACUAAUGGAUUUUGGUGUGGAUCCUUCCAUGGACCCAGAGUUGGCUAUGGCUCUACGUUUGUCAAUGGAGGAAGAGCAACAGAGACAAGAAAGACUAAGGCAAGAACAACAGCAGCCACAAGACAAUAAUGAAUCUAAUAACUAA